GGGAUCGCUGCGCUGCGCUCCAGUCUGUGGUAAGAAGCUUCAUCUCCAAAUAGGAUGAGCGUCGGCUUUUGUGGAAAGGACCGAAUUCAGAUCCGUAGCUAGUUCUGGGACCACUGGUUUAUUCAGUCCACCAAGGGGCACUUAAUAAAAACACAAGACGCUUCUUCCCCCUUCUUCUUUCUAGUGUGGAUUUCCGAUGGAUAUUCCGAUUUGAAGAGGUGCGAUUCGAGCGCGCGCGGCAUGUAACAAAAAGGAGCGCACGAGGAAAAAGUAGCGCUCGUGUUGUUAUUCCGAAGCGAGACGCGUCUGAACUGCCCGUGAGAGCCCCGUCUCAUGGAUUACUAACGGACCGAGCCGCGAAACAACUCCGGGGCGCAUCCAUUCAUGAGCUGCAGGCUGAGGUAGAUCUGUAGCAGAGGACCAGCGGCAGCGGCAGCGGCGGCAGCGUUGGUGCGACCAUGAGGUGUGAGGCCUUGUUACUUUACUUCACGCUACUGCACAUCGCCGGGGCGGGCUUCCCCGAGGACAGCGAGCCCAUCAGCAUCUCACACGGCAACUACACAAAGCAGUACCCGGCGUUCGUAGGCCACAAACCGGGCAGGAACAACACGCAGCGGCACAAACUGGACAUCCAGCUCAUCAUGAUCAUGAACAGGACGCUGUACAUCGCGGCCAGGGAUCACAUAUACACAGUGGACACGGACACCGCCAACGGUGACGAGAUCUUUUUCAGUAAGAAAAUGACAUGGAAGUCCAGACAGGCAGAUGUGGACACUUGCAGAAUGAAAGGGAAACAUAAGGAUGAGUGUCACAACUUCAUCAAAGUUCUCCUGCAGCAAAACGACGACGCUUUGUUUGUGUGUGGCACAAAUGCUUUCAACCCCUCCUGUCGGACCUACAAGAUGGACACCCUGGAGGCUCUGGGCGAGGAGAUCAGCGGGAUGGCACGCUGCCCGUAUGACGCCAAGCACGCCAACGUGGCGCUCUUCGCUGAUGGCAAGCUGUACUCGGCCACCGUGACAGACUUCCUAGCGAUCGAUUCGGUCAUCUAUCGUAGCCUGGGAGACAGCCCGACUCUGCGCACCGUCAAGCACGACUCCAAGUGGCUGAAAGAGCCCUACUUUGUCCAGGCAGUCAAUUACGGGGACUUCAUCUACUUCUUCUUCCGGGAAAUUGCUAUGGAGUACAACACAAUGGGGAAGGUGGUGUUUCCCCGAGUGGCCAGGGUGUGUAUGAACGACCGAGGCGGCUCGCCCCGUGUCCUGGAGAAGCAGUGGACCUCGUUUCUCAAGUCUCGCCUGAACUGCUCCAUCCCCGGCGACUCGCACUUCUACUUUAACAUCCUGCAGGCCGUGACAGAUGUCAUCCACAUCAAUGGGAGGGACGUAGUGAUGGCGACCUUCUCCACACCUUACAACAGUAUCCCAGGCUCGGCGGUGUGCGCCUAUGACAUGGCAGAGGUGGCCAACACGUUCACAGGGCGUUUCAAAGAGCAGAAGUCCCAAGACUCCACCUGGACGCCGUUUCCUGAAGACAAGGUUCCCAAGCCAAGGCCUGGCAACUGUGCCGGCACUGCAUCCAUGGAGAGGUACAAGGUAUCCAACGAGUUCCCAGACGACACGCUCAACUUCAUCAAGAUGCAUCCGCUGAUGGACGAGGCAGUACCCUCCAUCGCCAACAGGCCCUGGUUCCUCAAGACCAUGGUCCGGUAUCGUCUGACCCGCAUCGUGGUGGACAAUAAAGCGGGUCCCCAUAGUAACCAGACGGUGGUCUUCCUGGGAUCAGAGAAAGGCAUCAUCGUCAAGUUCCUGGCCAACAUGAACAGCGGCUUCCUAAACGAUAGUGUGUUUCUGGAGGAGCUUAACGUCUACAACCCGGACAAGUGCAGCAUAGACGGCGUGGAGGACAAGCGCAUCGUCGGCAUGCAGAUCGACAGCAAGAGUCACGCUUUGUGGGUCGCCUUCACCUCCUGCGUGGUGAAAGUGCCGCUGUCUCGCUGUGAAAGACACGGGAGAUGCAAGAAGUCCUGCAUAGCCGCCAGAGACCCGUACUGUGGUUGGGUGUCGGAGGGAGCCUGCAGACAGGUGGUUGGUAACACAAAAUCGGCCUUUGAGCAGGACGUGGAGCAUGGUAACACAGAUGGCCUGGGAGACUGCCAAAACACCUUUGUGGCGCUGAACGAGGUUCCUUCCGGUGACGAAGGCCACCAUCACCGCCACCAUCACCGCACCCUCUCCCUCCCCACCUCGGCCCUGCCCGAGGCGGCCGAGGGCCCUCUGGGGCGGGGCCGCAUGGUGGAGCGGAAGGACUCCUCAAUGAGCUCAGACAAAGGGGAGGACUCCUACGUAGCUGUGCUCUCUCAGACCCAGCCCGAAGCCAAUGGUGUGAUCCGUGAGAGCUACCAGAAGGGUCGUGACCAGCUCGUUCCCGUGACCUUGCUGGCCAUCGCCGUCAUCCUCGCCUUUGCCAUGGGCGCCAUCUUCUCCGGCAUCAUAGUCUACUGCGUCUGCGACCACCGGCGGCGGGACGUCGACCUGACGGGCCGCAAGGCAAAGGACACGCACCACCACCUCCGCCGGGGCUCCAUGAACAGCGUGACCAAGCUGACGGGCCUGUUCGAGACGCAGGCCAAAGACGGACGCCCCGAGGCCAUCCUCACCCCUCUGAUGCACAACGGGAGGCUGACGGCCAACGGGAAGAUGCUGAUAAAAGCCGACCAGCACCACCUGGACCUCACUGCCCUGCCGACGCCCGAGUCCACCCCCAUGCAGCCGCGUCGCAAACCCAGCAGGGGCAGCCGCGAGUGGGAAAGGAACCAGAACCUCAUCAACGCCUGCACCAAGGACAUGCCGCCCAUGGGUUCGCCCGUCAUCUCCACGGACCUGCCCCUGAGGGCCUCGCCGGGCCACAUCCCCAGCGUGGUGGUCCUGCCUCUGCCGCAGCAUCAGCACCAGCUCCAGCCUCACCUGCAGCAGCACCAGCAGUCCUACCAGCAUGAGUACGUGGAGCAGCCCCACCACAGCGACCUCGGCAUGGGCCACGGCGUCAUGGACGACCAGGGGGCCACCCUGGAGUACAAGACGGUCAAGGGCCCCUGUCACGGCCUCAGCAUGGUGGAUCCGGACGGGGUGAUGCCGCCGCGCGUGCCCCAACGAGAGGCCUCGCUCACCGUCCCCCCGGCCGUCCCGCAGAUGGGCAAGCGCCUGGAGGUCCACUCAUCGGUGUACGGGCUGCGGAAGGGAUCGGCGUCCGGCGCGUCCGGAUCGUCCGGAUCGUCCGCCCUCAAGAGGCACAACACCAACUCGUCCAACUCCUCCCAUUUGGCGAGGCACCACAGCUUCAACCGCGUGGAGACGCCGCCCCCUGCGCCUCAGAGGGUGGACUCGAUACAAAUGACAGCACAGGGCGUGUCUCUGUCACGGCAGCCCGGAAUGAGCUCCUACGGGUCACUGCCUCGAACGGGCCUCAAAUAUCUCAAGCCCGACGUCCCCCCGAAACCCUCCGCGGUCUCACUGUCAACAAAAGUCAAGUCCAGUGACUCCUGCACAUAGUCAGUCACUCUUCUGGUCGGUCCAAUGUGAACAGCAGGGAAAGGUUUUUUUCGAACGAGAGGGAGGAAAAAAACAGGGAAUACUGUACAACUUGCAUCUCUUUUUAGUGUUCUUUUGGUCUGUUUGUUUUUGGUGUACAGUACAGUGCGACACAGUUAUUUUUUUCUUCUUUUUUUUUACAAAAACACUUUCUUUUUAUAUAAAUAUGUAAAUAUUAUACAACUGGUUGUCGUCAUUUGUUUCCCAUCACAGAGCUCAUGCUCUGGCUGACUGUGUGAGCACACACGCGUGUGUGUGUGUGUGCGUGCUGCCGAAGCAGAAGACGACCCGUCAUGCGACGGCGCCCUGUAGCAUCCCAGACGGUGGCUCUCUCGUUUGUCGUGUCUGUGGCCGCCGGGACUUGACUUCCACGAUGGUAAAAAAAAUAACAUUAAAAAAAAAAAAAAAAAGCACACAAGCAGACAGCACUGGGGCAGGAGGGGGGGGUCCGGAGAGUUGUACAGUACCUUGAGGACUGGCAAAUGUGAGCGAGCGAGCACUCUGAGCUGGGACUGAAAAGGACAGACGUCUCUGCCGAGUUUUGUCACAAACUGUGAAGAAGCCUCUCAGUGUUACAGCAAUCAAGUCCUGCCCGGGUUUUUCGAAUGAACACUUUGGCCGGGGGAGACCGUCUAUUGUUCUGGUUACUGAAUAACAUGACUGUUAAUACUAAUAGCUUGUUGUAUUUAUUUUUAUUAAGUGCUUUUGAAAAAACUAAACUUUCUAGGCUCAGCGAGAGAGAAGAGGGAGAGCACAGAAGAGAUCUUUUAAUAUUAAUGAAUCAUGUGUAUGGAAAAGGAAAAAAA